AUGGCAGCUACCUCGGAUACCAAAAUCAUCCUCUACACCAACCACAGGUGCCCUUGGGCUCAUCGUGCUCAUAUCGUCCUCUCUGAGCUCAACAUCCCGUUUGAAGAAGUUAUUAUCGACUUAGACCGCCCUCGUGACCCUUGGUACCUCGAAAUAAACCCCCGAGGUCUAGUUCCAUCAAUCUCAUAUAAUGGGGUUAUUCUAGCAGAGUCGGGGAUCAUUUCUCAGUUUCUGGCCGAUGAGAACCCUUCAGAGUUGCUCCCAGCUUCCAAUGCGCCCGGAGGCGCUCUGAAGCGGGCGCAAAUCAACUUUUUCGUUGACACGUUCUUCUCCAAAACUCAGGGAAAUAUUUUCAAAUUAGGCUCUGUUAAUUCCGAGGCUGCUUUUGAGGAAAUAUCGAAGGACUAUGUCGCUACAGUGGCCAAAGAGGUCGAGCCGCUCCUCAAAGAUGCAGGGCCAUUCUUUGGUGGGAGCAAGAAACUCACUUUCGCAGAGGUGCUCACGGGCUCAUUUGUUGUCCGUCUUUUGGCGUUGAGUUCAGCUGGUGUCUAUCCGGCCAGCAUCAUUCCGCUCCUGAAGGAGAAUGCCCCGAACUUUUAUAAAUGGGCUGAGGCGGUUUCUUCACACCCAAGUGUGACAAAUAUUUUUGACAAGGAUUCAAUCAUUGAAGGUACCAAAGCCAGGCUUCAGAAACAGCGAAGCCAGAUCUAG